AAAAAUCAUUUCCCAGUGAAUAUGGUAGGAUAAAUAAUGUGUCUUGCCAGGCCCAGCCCGUAAUUAUCUAUCCAAUUAAACAAUAUAUUUCAGAUUCAACAUAUAAUUAAAUAUAUAAUUAAAUUAAACAAUUAUUUUAUAGCAUCCAUAAAUUUCCUAAAUUUAUAUUUGAUUGAUAUAUUUAUAAAUUGUCGCUGGAGAAACUGGAAAGCUAUUUUUAUAUUGUACAUAGAGAGAGAGACCAAGACUCUGGUUUCAAGAACUCAAAGUAGUGCGCAGAGCUUAGCAAUGGCCAUAGUAACCAUUCUUGAGAUCUUCGCAGCAGUCGUUAGUUUUGUGUUGUUUCGCUUUUUGUUCAAAAAAAAGGGCAAACCCACAAAUUGGCCAGUCGUCGGUAUGCUGCCGAAUUUUCUUUCCCGCCUUCACCGAGCUCACGAUACAAUCACAAAAGUUGUUGAGCGAAAUGGGCAAACCUUUUUCUUCCAAGGUCCCUGGUUUACCAACGUCAAAUUGUUAGCCACAGUUGAGCCAGCCAACGUCCACUACAUAAUGAGCGCAAACUUCUCAAACUUUCCUAAAGGAACCGAGUUCUCCAAGAUCUUUGACAUUCUGGGACGAGGGAUUUUCAAUUCGGAUUCAGAAUGGUGGAAGAACCAGAGAAAACUUGCUCAAGCAUUGAUUAACCAUCCGCGGUUUCACCAGUUCUUGGUGAAGACCAGUCGGGACAUGGUGGAGAAAGGGCUAGUUCCAGUCCUUGAGCAUGUAGCUGAACAAGGAUUAGUGGUGGACAUGCAAGAUGUAUUUCAGAGGUUCACAUUUGAUAUCACAUGCAUAUUGGCUACAGGCUACAAUCCAAGAUGCCUGUCGAUUGAUUUCCCAGAAGUAGAAUUCUCCAAGGCCAUGGAUGAUGCUGAAGAAGCGUUGUUUUUCAGGCAUUUAACGCCUGAAUGGCUCUGGAAGUUACAAAGGAUUCUAAGAAUCGGACCGGAGGGGAAAAUAGAAAGAGCUUGGAAAAUUCUAGAUAGUAUAUCAGCAGAAUAUAUCUCAAGGAAAAGAAAACAACUCAGCAGUCUAUCACUUUCCUCAGAAGAUGAAUCAGAGGGUGUUGAUUUGUUAACAUCAUAUAUGAGAGAUGCUGAAAUCAUGGGAUCUAAACCAGACGACAAAUUUCUAAGAGAUACCAUUAUAAAUUUGUUACUUGCAGGGAGAGACACCACAAGUUCUGCUCUCACAUGGUUCUUAUGGCUUGUUUCCAAGAAUCCUCAAGUAGAAAGCAAGAUCAGAGAGGAGCUUAAAGCAAGUAUGCCAGCAAACGAAGCAGAAAAUUGGCGACUAUUCAAUCCACAGGAGGUAAACAAGCUAGUUUAUCUUCAUGGUGCACUCUGUGAAUCGCUAAGGCUCUACCCACCAGUUCCAUUCCAGCACAAGGAGCCUAUCAAGGAAGAUGUGCUUCCAAGCGGGCACCGAGUGACUCCUGAAAUGAAGAUAGUGAUAUGCUUGUAUUCAAUGGGAAGAAUGGCAUCCAUAUGGGGAAAAGACUGCUUCGAAUUUAAGCCAGAAAGGUGGAUUACAGAGGGAGGAAAGAUCAGGCAUGAGCCAUCAUACAAGUUUUUAGCUUUUAAUGCAGGACCAAGAACUUGUUUGGGGAAAGAAGUGGCUUUCGUUCAGAUGAAGACGGUGGCAGCUGCCAUAAUCCAUAACUACCAUGUUCAGUUAGUGGAAGGGCAUCCUGUGUCUCCUAAUAUCUCCAUUAUUCUUCAGAUGAAACAUGGCUUGAAGGUGAGGAUUAUCAAGAGAUGGGUUUGAAUUAUUAUUUAGUAAUAUGUCUUCUAAUUAUUAAUAAUUCCCUCCAUGUUGAACUCUUUUUUAUAUAUAGAAGAAUAAGAUUUUCUCA